AUGAUCGCGUCAAACAUCACGGUCGCGUGUGUCGAGCACGUGGCCAGCACACUCCUGCAUCUGACGGUGCUCUCGCUCUGGUCCGACGCCGUCACGUGGGAGUCGGUGGCGCUGCUCCUCGCGCUCCUCCCAUCGCUGCGGCGCCUCUCCCUCGUGUCCGCCGCGCUGGUUCCGCGCGCCGUGCCCCAGCCGGGGCGCGCAGAGGCGGAGCGCGUACGCGCGCGGGGAUUGGCGGGUAAAGCAACAGCGCCAGAUAUUUCAGCGAAUGCUGGGCCAGAAGUAGCGGGGUCGGAUGCUCUAUCUAUCUUGGCCUCGCUCUCCCUUGCCCCCCCCAGUGCCAGCGACCUCUUCUGGUGCCCGUCAGGGUCGUCCCUGGCGCCCUGCUUCUCCUCCAUCCGCCUGUGCGUCUCCCCCCAUCGCUCCGUCGCCUGGGAUCAGCCUCCCGCCUCCUCCCUGCUGCUCGCCCUCGCUGCUGGCUGCUCCGCCACCCGCGCAGACAGCAGCAGCGGCAGCGGCGGCGGCGGCGGCGGCGGCGGCGGCGGCGGCAGCAGCAGCAGCAGCGGCGGCGGGAGCGGCGGCAAUGGCGCCAGCCUGUCUGUCCCACGUCCGUCCUCCUCCUCGCUGCGCUCCUUCCACGCCCACAAUUCCCUCGCGUCCACGUGGCAGGCUGUGAGCCACCUGUUCCGCCACCUCACCACUCUGGAUUUGUCGCGAACCGAGGUGCUGCGCCCCCCACCCCCUCCCGAUGGCGAGCCGGGGAGGAGCGAGGAGGCACUGUGCUGGGCCAUACGCGGCCUGCCUCUCCUGGAGCGCCUCGCCCUCCCCCUGGCGUCAGCCGCUGUUCUGCUGGAGAUCUCCCAGUCCUGCCCGAAGCUCACCGCCCUGCACGCCCAGCCGCUAGCGCGGUUCAUCCCUGUCGCGUCUGCUGGGGGAAGUGGCACCAACGAGUUUCUGUACUACACCUCCUCUUAUGCUAGGGCCUCCGUGCGUGUUACCCUUCCUCCUGUCCAGUCACGAGUGACUGAUGCUGGGGUGCUGGCCAUUGCGAAUGGAUGCACGCGAUUGGUGCAGCUGAGUCUGGGCGGCUGUGUGAACGUGCGACCCGCAGCGUGGCGCCAGCUGGCAAGGAGAUGUAGGCGGCUGGAGGUGCUGAGGCUGCCGCGCACGCGGGUGGACGAUGCUGCUGUCGUGGCAGCGCUGUUCGGUGAUAGCUGGCACGGCAGUGUGGGUGUGGCUGUGAAUGCUACAGUUGACAGUGCUGCCAGUGCUGCUGGGGCUGCCCCGGAUAUCCCACCUGGUUCCGAUGCCGCUGCGGGUGCAGGCAUUGCUGCCGGUGCGCCAGCGCCACUGCAGCUGCCACGGCUCCUUCUGCUGGACCUGUUCGGAUGCCCGGGAGUGACCUCUGCCUUCCUGCUCGCUCUCUUGGCCGCAGCCAGGGAGCUUGCUGGCAACGAUGAGAAGAACAGAGAUGAUGGGGUAGCUGAAGUGGUGCAGAUAGAUGGGGAGUGUGAGGAGGAGAAGGCCCUUGCAGCCGAGGGUGUGGGGCAUGAGAACGGAAGGAAGAAGGUGCGAGGAUGCUGUGGGUUGCAGGAGUUCAGGCUGCGGCGGCUGCUGGUGUCUCCUGAAGUGAUUGUUGGAGACCGGUGGAGGGGGAGCAGGGAAGGUGGAAACGAGGGUGUGUUGGGGGGUGGAGGAGAUGGUGGAGGAGUGGGUUCUGACUAUGUGGAUUUGAGGCUGGUUGCAAGGGAGGUGGGGAUGCUGUUGCCCAACUUGGUGGUCACUGCUAGAAGGACUGCGGAACAUGUAUUGCCUUGGGAUGGCUUUUGUGGAGAGCGAAAACUUGAGCUGGAUGGUGACGAUGAUGAGAGUGAGUGGGAGUGCUGA